UCCCCAUUCAACCAACACAGGUGAUGAACACUGGUGGGGGAGGUCAUCUGGAUGUCCUCUGCAGGGCAACAGCCUGUCUGACCUACCGAUCCCUCUGCCCUCGUGAUGACCUGGCUGACAGAGGGCUUCUGGGGAUUCCAUCAGCUCUCUAUGCCAAUGAUUCCCUUAGGCUCUGGGAAAUUAUCUCCAGGUAUGUGCAAGGAAUAGUCCAUCUCCAUUAUUCAGGGGACAAGGUUGUGCAGAGUGACCUUGAGCUACAGGCCUGGUGCAGAGAGAUCACUGAGAUUGGGUUGUGUGGGGCCCAGGCCCAAGGUAAGAUGUGACAUCUGCCAUAUUGAAAAGUCAUCUCUCCUUUUUCCUAACCCCUCCAUGGAGCCCUCCCUAAAAUCCCUCUUUGAAUAUCAAUACCCUUCAGAAACUAUUUCCAAGCCUAGGGCCCACUCAAAAUGAUCCUUAUCCUUAUCCCAUGUGAUUACAAACAAUGCAGAAACAAACCGAGUCCACAAACAUAAGGCACCAAGACCCACAAAAAAUAUAUGAUUACAUAUGGCAGUGGGGUUCUAUUGCCAAUAAGUAGAUCUUAGUAUCUACAACCACCAUUUUCAUCACCUCUAUCAUGGAUAAAUUUGAGAGACAUUUCAUCCAUCUAAGACUAAAUUCCUGUGAUCAGUAUCCCUUUCCUUCUCACUUCUAAUCUUCAGGCUUUCUGGUGCUUCCCCUAUCUAUUAUAAUUGACUAUAUACAACUCGUAUGUAAUUCUAAACCUUACUAUAAUGUAAGGGGAUUUACCAGAGCAAAAUAUUAUGACUGGAAAAAGUGAUUUACCCCUCUAAAUCUCUCUAAAAUGAAGGGAUAAGUAAAACAUUUGAUCAUACAACUUUUGAGCCAAAAUUUUUCCAAGUUUCCUAAAGAUCCUAUCAAGGAUCUUGGCCUGAGAACACCAGUCUUUAUUUCUCCCCGAGUCUUCAGUUUCUUCCACAGACUCUUCUCUCUUCCAGGGUUUCCUGCCUCCUUCCAGUCCAGGGCUGACCUCUGCCACUUUCUCACCAUGUGCAUCUUCACAUGCUCAGCCCAACACUCAGCUAUUAAUCAGGGACAGGAAGACUGGUAUGCCUGGGUUCCUAAUGCUCCAGGCACUAUGCGGCAGCCCCCACCAACCACAAAGGAUGUAACAUUAGGGAUGGUGAUGGCCACACUGCCCAAUGUCUAUCAGGCCAGUCUCCAUAUGGCUGUGGUAUGGCUUCUGAGUCGGAUCCAGCCAAACAGGGUACUCCUGGGUUAUCACAAGGAAGAAUACUUCUCAGGACCUGAGCCCAAAGCUAUACUGUGCCAUUUCCAGGAAGAUUUGUAUACUUUGGAAAGAGAGAUUAUGGCCCGUAAUGAAGGCCUGGAUCUUCCCUAUGAGUACCUUCAGCCAAGCAGGAUAGAGAACAGCAUUACCAUUUAAAACAUUUAACCACUUAAAAACAUCUGGCUGACUAUUACUCUGAUUGGGUUGGAAAAGCCCCAUUUCUUUUCCUAAUUCUAGUCUUUUUAAUCUCAUAACUAUAGAUACAAAAAUCAUAAGUUUAAGGUUUUGUCUCUAUAUCUAAACUAUCUUCCCUUUUUUUUUUCACUCAGCCACUGAGGAAGGGUCUUUAAUAUCAUUCUCCAGUGUCAGGGGUCAUUAGUUCACACUCAGCUCCUUGGCAUAUUCCUCCUCACAUAUACUUGUCAUUCUCUGGUGCUGCUGUUCCUGGAAAGACAUAAUCUUCACUUUGACUUUCUUCCUGGGACAGGGGCAGAGGCAGCCUUCUGUUAUCAUUCUGUCCAAGGAUUGGAAAGCUCCCAGUGUAACCACAUAGGGAGUUUCCAAUUUCCUUCUCUUAUCACUGAUAGUCCCCCUAGUUAUACCACCUCAUUUCUUCUGUAUCUUUACAUAUGCCUGUCCCUUUGCUAAAAUCUGCAAUAAAUAAAUGGAUAAAUCGAUCUACUA